UGCGAAAUGUCGACGAGCAUACAUUUCUCUCCCCGGCCCUAUUUUAUAUACGGCUCACGCUUCCUCCUUCCCAAAUACUACCAAAACACCAAACACAACGAUGGGCUCUCGCCGUCGUCCUACUCCUACAACCCUAGUCUUCCUGGUGUUGCUGCUAUGCCUCUUCUAUGCGCCGCGCUGGGCCUUCUCGCUCUCCUUCAACCUCAGCUUCUCCGACCGCGAUGCCCUUAAAUCGGUCGACUUCGACCGCGAUGCAUACACCACUGCGUCAGCCCUCGAGCUCACAAAAAAUACACUUGACUCAGAAAUUAAGUACAGCGUCGGCCGGGCAUGGUACGCGCACAAGGUGCCGCUAUGGAGCUACGCCACCGGCGAGAUGGCUAGCUUCACCACCACCUUCUCCUUCCGAAUCACUCCACACAAGGAAAGCCUGCCGAAUACAGGCGAUGGGAUGGCCUUCUUCCUCGGGCAUUUCCCUUCGAAGGUCCCGGGCAACAGCAGCACGGGCGGCGGCCUUGGCCUCCUCCCCAGGUACGCUAACGGAACAGGCGACAGCCAGAUAGUCGCGGUGGAGUUCGACACUUUUUCCAAUCUGGAAUGUGCCGACAUCAAUGGGAACCAUGUCGGCAUCGACGUCAACUCCCUCAAUUCAACGGCGGUCACAGACACGACCACCUGGCCGGGAAAAAACCUCACGUUGCCGCCCCAUGUUAUGGAAGCCACGGUGAAGUACCACAACGACUCCAAGAUGCUGGCUGUUGAUCUCCUUAUCGACGAUGCCCUGUACCAGGUAAAGGCAACCGUCGAUCUUAGCAGAUACUUACCGGAGGAAGUCGCCGUCGGCUUCUCGGCGGCGACCGGCGAAGUCGCCGAGCUGCACCAGAUACUGUCAUGGUCAUUCAAUUCCACGCUUGGAUCAAAGAAGGAAGCACCUCCACCUGCCGAACCUCCUCUUCCAAUUCCAACCAGCAGCAUCAGCAAGCACAAAAAGUUGGUACCAAUCCUACUAGCCAUCUUAGUUCCUCUGCUUUUUUUGUUGGUCUGUGCCGCCGCGGUGCUGGGAUGGCGGCGACACCAGAAAAGAAGAGCAAAUGAGGGCAGUAGUAGCGACUCCGAAGAACAGUUUGUCGACAGAGCUAGCCUCGAGAGAGGUGUGGCUGCCGGCGGUCCCAAGCGGUACAUGUACCACGAGCUCGUCGCCGCAACGAGCAACUUCGCGGAGGAGGAGAAGCUCGGGCGAGGUGGCUUUGGGAGUGUUUACCGGGGACAUCUCACACUCACACCCGCAGCAGCCAUCGGAGGUGACCAGGAACGUCGUGCGGUGGCGGUGAAGGUGCUGUCGGCAGAGUCGUCGUCCCAGGGGAGGAAGGAGUUCGAGGCACAGGUAAGGAUCAUCAGCAGACUGAAGCAUCGCAACCUUGUCCAGCUGCUGGGCUGGUGCGACAGCCGCAAGGGGCUCCUGCUUGUCUACGAGCUUGUUGCGGAGGGCAGCCUAGACAGGCACCUCUACAGCAACGACGACAGCUAUCUUACAUGGCCACAGAGGUACAAUAUCAUCCUCGGCUUGGGAUCCGCGUUGCGCUACCUCCACGAAGAGUGGGAGCAGUGCAUCGUCCACGGCGACAUCAAGCCCAGCAAUAUCAUGCUCGACUCAUCGCUCAGCACCAAGCUCGGGGACUUCGGGUUGGCUCGGCUCGUCGACCACGGUGCCGGGUUAAUGCAGACCACCAAGGCCGUGCUCGGCACUGUUGGGUACAUCGAUCCGGAGUUCGUCAACACGCGUCGGCCCAGCACCGAGUCCGAUGUGUACAGCUUCGGAGUCGUCCUCCUGGAGAUCGCCUCCGGCCGCCGGCCGGUGAUCGAGACCGUUGAGACUUCCUUCACGCUGCUCAGCUGGGUGUGGAACCUGUACGGGAGGGACGUGAUCCUUGAUGCGGCGGAUGAGCGGCUGAGGGGCGACGAGGCGGACGAGCGGUGGAUGGAGCGGGUACUUGUCGUCGGGCUCUGGUGCGCGCACCCGGACCGGAGCGAGCGGCCAUCCAUGGCGCAGGCCAUGCACGUCCUGCAGUCCGACGAGGCGAGGCUGCCGACGCUCCCACGGCACAUGUACAGGGCUGCACAGGAUCUUGCGUCGUACGGGUCUUUCUCCAUUGAGAGCUCAGGCUCCUGUUGUGUUCGGUCUUCUUCGGUCAGCACCGGCAACGCCACUGUUUCUUCCGAGUCGUCCUCGACCGGGCUGCUACGUCAUUCCAAGGAUCAAGCUAAUUGA